GUAGAGGGCUGUGCCCCUACCUUCUAAGAGCCCCAGUCUGUCUUGGGAAGCCCCUCAUCUAAGGGUAAAGCACACUCUUGCAGGCCCAGGAAAGAGUCAGGAAUCCCCUGCAAUGAGUACAUUUAAUACGUUUCUGUGAGGGCCCUAUGUCUGUGCAGAACCAGGAGCGGGUGCUGAGGGUGCAAGGAAAGCAGACCUCCCCACUUCGAAGAAAGGUUCACAGCGAUUUCAGAAUGGCGAGGAUGUGGCCGAGGUGCUGCAGGAGCGGCACGUCACACACACUGACCUGGAGGGCUCUCCUCCGUUCCCUCAGCACUCCCAGGGAUACCCGCCUUCUGCCUUUUUGCGCUGCCUUCCUAGCUAGCUGGUCACAUGCCUGUCUCACCCAUCUGACCACUGUGCAUUCCUCUCCAAACCCUGGGCUGAGCUCAGGAAUUGCUUGGGGAAAGAAGGGAGCAGAGAAGAAAAAAGAGACAAUCCCCCUACCAAGCCCAGACCCCAGCCCUCAACCCAGAAGCCACUGUCUGGUUAGAGACCCCAGCUGAGCUGCCAGGGCUGGGGAGACAUGGGGGACAAGCAUGCUGAGCCUCCCCCAUCCCUCAAACAGUCCCUUUCCACGUUGUUUGGGGGCAGAGUGGAUCUGUGAGUGGGCCUGGGGUGAGGAGGCUGCAAAGAACUAUUAGGAAUCAGAAAGCCAGCCCUGGAAGACUCCUGGAGAGGGAGCAAAAGGCUGAUUUUAGCCACGGGCACCAGGAGGCAGGAGCCAGCAGCAGGGAGCGGGAGGGCUGCACCCUCCGAGGGGCUGGGGGCGGGCAGAGGUGGGUCUGUGCCUGCAGACGUCACCCUGGGCUUUAUAAGGGACAUGAUCAGGGCAUCGGUGAGAGUGAGCCCAUAAGCCCAGCUCGCCUCCCUCGAGGUGCCCCCCUGCCCAAGUGGUGUCAUCCUUUGGAGACCCCUCAGGACACAGCCAAGGCAAGGUAGGUGGCCUGCAGCCUCCACACCAGGGGAGGGGUCUGGCUGGACCCAGGGAGGCUCACGAGGUGGGAGCAGGCAUGUGUCCAGGCAGGCAAAAGGGGUGCUGAUCUUCCCUGAUGAGUGGGGUGUCGGGGUAGAUACACUGACUUGCACUUUAUGAAACCAGGACCUUGGGGGUUACUUUCUGGGGAGUGACUGCGGUGAGUGAGCUCCCCGUGGCUGGGAUAAGGGGUCACAGAGGCGUCUGUAGGGACCUGGCGAACACGGGGGGCUCCUCUGAGCAGUUCCCCGUUGCGCAGAUGGCAAACACAGACGUAAACAAAGAGCUCGUGAGUGCCCUGCCAGCCCUGGCACUAGGAGAUGGGGUCACCCCAGAAGGGAGCCAUCCCACCCCAAAAGCUUUCCAAGCAAGCCUGGAGUUUCUGUUACUCUCUAGGUACAAAACCCCUGGGACAGAGGGACCACAAAAUUGCCACUGUGGCCCUUGGAAGCUGAUGGUUCUUUUCCAAACAAUUUAGUUCUACCACAUGUUAAAAGCCCCUGUGCGCAGGAACCAAGGGGGGGUGUGUGUGUGUGUUGGGGACAGGUAGGAGGGAAAAACCAAAGUUCUCACACGGCGCCCAUGGCAAGCACUACCUCUGCUGGGAUGGGGAGGAAGCACUACAAGUGAGAGGAGCAUGAAGGAGGAACACCACCUUCUAACCACACAGCUUGGCCACUGCCCCCUCCCUCAUGUACCACCCUGCUUCUGAAGAGCAGCCUGAAUUCUCCACCUGAAAUGCUCAUCUACACACACUCCAGUCUGACUCACACCGCUCCGGGAUGAAGCCCCUGGUGGCCCCUUUCCCAGCCUCAUCGCUCACUCUCUCCCCAGCCAAGACCCACCCCCCUGGCAGGCUGGAGGGCGGCACUUCCCUCUACUCCUGGCGUCGGCUUCCUUGCUGGGACUGCCAUCGAUGAACCUUUAUUCAUCUGGCUGACUUGUGCUCAGAAAAUCAGCUCAGGCGCCACCCCUGCAGAAAACCUGCCUGGACCCUCCAGGUCAGGGUCUGGUGGGCUCUGAAGCACCCCGGGCGGCCUGCAGCGCUGCCUGCUCCCCACCAGUCUGUCUUCCAUUGUUUGAUGGUCAAUCUCAAAGUGCCUGAUGACUUUUCCAAAGAGACAUCAGACUUGGGAGCUGGAAGAGCCGGAGGAGGGCAGUGGAGGAUAAGAAGGCAAGGGGGUGAAAAGGGGCUCAGGGUCUCCCUGACCCCACCCACGUGCUCACAAGCCUCCGGUCUAUCACUGGCCAUGUUACCUUGAGACGGUCUGCUUAUGACUCGAUUUCUUGCGCUAGAUCUCAGGGGAAGGCCCGGGGAAGGUGUGCAAUACCUGGUUGUUGUUACCAGGAGUGAUUUCUGAACUGACCUGGACCCUGUGCACCCAUGGUCUAAAGCCACAACAGAAACAGUUUUACACUCUUCUCUCUAGUGGAUUGAACCUGUCUCCACUCCACGCCCUGCCCCAGGCCUUAAGGCCGGUGCAGAAAGCCAUGAUCUGGGUUUCAGGGUAUCACAGAGUCAAAGUCUACAAGGAAAGUGACCAUCUGAGGGGACAGUUAGUGGCCAGUCUGAUCCAAUGCUCUUAUUUUUCACAGGUAACAAUAAGAUCCAGAGAUUGGGGGUGGACCUGUUCUAAUCUCACAGGAGGGAGGGAGGAGCUGCAGCCACAUUUGAGUCCUUCUGAUACCAUUCUUAUUCUACCCCAUGCUUGCAUCUCGAGGGAGCAGGAGGGGACCAGGGCGCAGGAGCAAGAACAGAGGGAUGGAUGGGCUGAGCUGCCACUGGCAGCUGAUGGGCACAAACAGCUCCCCCACCCACUUCCCCCUGACCGCACAGGGAGGUCCGGCCUUAGAUCUGGCACCCACACCCGUUCCGCUCAGCCUGCAGUGCUGCCUGUUCUCCACCAAUCUGUCUUUCAUUGUGUUUGCUGGACAGUCUCAAAGUGCCUGAUGACUUUUCCAAAGAGAAAUCAGCCUUGCGAGCUGGAAGAGCCAGAGGGGGGCAGUGGAGGAUGAGAAGGGAAGAGGGUGAAAAGGGGGUCAGAGUCUACAGCUCCCCCCUCAACUGCCAAGAUCACACAGUCAAUUAAAUCCAUACCCUCUCAGGGCCCACAGAGAACAGAAUGUGGAGACAAUUGACCUGAUCCAUCAGGGAAAGCCUUUUUCUCUUUCCUGAAUUAUAGGCAAUAAGACAAUUUAAUGAUGGCUUUCAAGGCUAUGAAGGGUUAUGAGAGCAAGCAAGAUGAUUACCUCUUCCUUUUUUCUUGAAAAAGGAAAAAAAAGAAGUUCCUGUUACAGCAAGAGGGCCUGGGCCGGAUUUAGAAAGGCACGCUCCAGCUGGGAGAGUGGAGCAUGGAGAGCUGUGAUUCCGGCAAAGCCUAGAGUGCAGGCAAGAGGCCCCUGCUCCCAGGCUCCCGGGAAAUGGCCUGGGCCUCAGCAUCCUCCACUCAGUGCAGCUCCUUGCCCACCUCACUUAACCCCUCCCUGCUCAUCGUUACACUCGUUUUUCCACUCCUCGCAUCUCACUCCUCGUUUUUCCAACAUUCCUCUCAAGCAAACCCAAAGUUCAGAACCCUGGCCAUUUUCCAACCUGAGCAGUCCUGCCCCUUCCACAAGUAUGGCUCCUCCCUCCUUUCUUUCCUUCCUAACUUUACUGGCCUCGCCUGGCAGGAGGCCCUCCCUGACGAUCCUCACCUAGCACGAGUUUAGCUUGAACUAUAUGGCGAGAGGGCUCUCAGUCCUAUUUCCCUGCUCUGUCGGUUCUGGCUCAUCCCUCCACGGGGGCUUCCAAGGGCAGGGUUGUCUCCUCUCUUCCAGGUGCCUGCUGCAUGCAGGGCUCUGCCCAGGGCCUAGCCCAGGCAGCGCCUAACCCCGUUCCUCCUCCCUCUCUCUGUCUUGGCCUCAGGGCACUUCCAGGACCUGCAUCUUCUCACCAGGAUGAACGUGCUGCUUUCCUGGCAGCUGAUGCUUUUCCUUUGUGCCACCGCCUUCAGGGAGACAUUGGAAAAGGUGGCGCCCAUGGAGAGUCCUAGAACCACAGGCUCGCAGCUUGGACCCGCGACGCUCCGGGCGCCCUGGGAGCAGAGCCUGCGGUGCGCGGCGGGGAAGCCCGAGGCGGCCGGGCCUCGGCCUCGGGGGGCCGCGCUGUGCCCCCCUGAGAGCUCCGCGGGCCCCCAGCGGCUGGGCCCGUGCGCCCCGCGCAGCCGCCUGAUCCCGUCCCCGAGGGGCGCGGUGCUGGUGCAGCGGGAGAAGGACGUGUCCGCCUACAACUGGAACUCCUUCGGCCUGCGCUACGGCAGGCGGCAGGCGGCGCUGCCCGGGGGCCGCAGCGCCGUGCGGGGCUGAGCGCCGAGGUAGGGCCUUCGCCUCCAGCCCCACCCGGGCCGGAGUGGGGCGGGCAGGGCAGGGCUGUCGACCUGCAAUUUGUGUACCGAAGCAAUAAAAGAAAUGCUGCCGACUCACCUGCGUGUGACCUGGGGCUCAUUUUUGCAGGUGGCGCGGGUGAGAUUGUUACACUGUCUCUCAACUUCAUCUUUAGCUGGUUUUAAGGUGG